AUGUCGACCUGGGCUGCCAUGGCUGCGGCCGCCAACAAAGCGCCUGCACCCGCUCAACCAGACACCUCCGAGCCUUCCGAGCCAGCUGCUUCCACCUCGACGGCCACCGAGAAUGCCGCCGCCGCCGAUGCAUCCGAACCGGCCGUCAGGACCAAGAAGCCGCGCAUCGAAACGCUCAUCCUCGACGCAGGUGCUCUCAUCAUGCGCGCUCCACUCGACGGCCUCGCGUCCGAAUACUACAUCCCGCCGCGCGUCAUCCAGGAGAUCAAGCAUGCAUCCGCGCGCGAGUACCUCGACUCGCUCCGUCUGCGUCCCGACUUUAAGCUCAACAUCGUCCAGCCCGGCCCCGCGAGCAUGGUCGCCGCCACGGAGUUCGCCAAGAAGACCGGUGACAUCGGCGUGCUCUCCACCCAGGAUCUCGAGGUGAUCGCGCUGACGUACGAGCAGGAGGUGCACAGGCACGGCACCAAGCGCAUCCGGAGCAGGCCAGACGGCCCGCGAGGCGAGGCUCCAUCCACGUCUGCAUCUGCAUCCGCGACAGCGAACGGUGCCGAAGACAAUGCAGCCGCCUCGACAUCCGCAUCCACCUCGGCAGACACAAAGGCAGCACGUCAGGCAGCCAUCGAGAAGAAGCGUCAGCAAAAGGCAGACGCCAAGCAGAAGAAGCUCCAAGAGGAAGCGGCGGCGCAAGGACUCACCGUGGAUCAGCUCGUGGCGCAGCGCAUCCAGCAGAACCGCGAAAAGAAGGCCGCCAAGAAGCACGCCAAGGCCGUUGCAGCCGAAGAGGCAGCAGCGCCUUCCGACGACGCAGCCGGCUCGGCAGGGCAAAGCGUCGUCCAGGAGGCGUCCACGUCGCAUGUACAACCAGGCCAAGAGCAGGGAUGGCACGACGCCGACUACACCGACGACGACGAGGAGGAAGAGGGCGAGGGCGAGUGGAUCACGCCGGACAACGUGCAGAAGGCCAAGAACUUCAGCCUGGGCUUUGUCGACGACAGCCGCAUGCCGGGCUGGAAGUACUCGGUCGACGAGGCCAAGGACGACGUUCCGGAGCCUGCCGACCUGAUUCAGCCGGACGAGCCGCUUGACGAGGGCUGGGAGCGCGUCGAGUCGAGCAGCAAGGCCAAGGCCAAAUCGGCGUCCAAGUCGGGGCACGUGUCGCGCGACUACAACGACCCAUCGAUCCAGUCGCGGCCCUCGCUGUCGUGGGAUGCGAUGGGCAACGUCUCCAACACGGGCCACAUGACUGUCGCGUGCAUCACGGGUGAUUUUGCGGUGCAGAACGUGUUGUUGCAGAUGGGACUUUCGCUCGUCGGCGUGCACGGUUCGCGCGUGCGGUCGGUCAAGUCGUUCGUGCUGCGCUGCCACGCGUGCAUGAAGGUGUGCAAGGACAUGGAGAAGAAGUUCUGUCCCGUCUGCGGCAAUGCCACGUUAACCAAAGUGGCCGUCACUGUCGACGACACGGCCAAGGGAGGGUUCCAGCUGCAUCUCAAGAAGAACUACCGCUUCAACCUGCGCGGCACCAAGUACUCGAUUCCGGCGCCCAAGGCGGGUUCGGCUUCGGGCGGAAAGACGGGUGGAUCGGGGAUCAUUCUGCGCGAGGAUCAGUUGGAGUGGCAACGGGCGCUUGCCAAGGAGGCUAGUAGGAAGCGCAAGGAGGAGAGGGCGCUGGAAAAGGCCAUGCGCGCGGGUAAGGAUUCGUUGUCCGUGAGGUACGAGGAGGCCUGGGAUACGGGCGACAUCUUUUUGGGAAGCCAGUUCGCCUCGCGCGACAAGAGCAGCCUCCCCGUCAUUGGACACGGCCGCAAAAAUCCCAAUGCCAACCGCCGCACUCGCAAGUAA